AACUCUUUGCCUUACCACUACCAAAACUCUCACCUUCCAAUUCUCUUUCUCUGCAUUUUUUUCAUUUUCAACCUUGGCUUGGCUUAGCUUAGCUUAUAGUGUGUGUGUUCUCUGCUAGGCUUGUUUCAAUGGCAGAUACCAGUGGCUCAGCCACUCCUAAAAUGUGGUGUUCUAUGCCAGAGAGGCUCCAACUACACUUGGCCAUGUUGGCCUUGCAGUUUGGGUAUGCUGGUUUCCAUGUGGUCUCCAGAGCUGCCCUUAACAUGGGCAUUAGCAAGAUUGUAUUUCCUGUCUACCGAAACGUUCUCGCUCUCAUUCUCCUCUUGCCCUUCGCAUAUUUUCUUGAAAAGAAGGAGAGGCCACCGAUUACUCUGUCUUUUCUUGUUCAGUUCUUCCUCCUCGCAGUUGUAGGAAUAACAGCGAAUCAAGGAUUCUACCUGCUGGGAUUAGACAACACAUCUCCCACCUUUGCUUCUGCCAUUCAGAACUCAGUUCCUGCCAUUACUUUUCUCAUGGCUGCACUACUCCGGAUUGAACAAGUGCGAUUAGAUAGAAAAGACGGGGUGUCCAAGGUGGUGGGAACAGUCCUGUGCAUCACAGGAGCAUCAGUGAUCACACUGUACAAGGGUCCAACCAUAUAUAGUCCAACUCCCUCGUUGCAACAAGGUUCACCGGCAUUGCUCGCACUUGGAGAUGCCAGGGGAAAGAAUUGGACACUGGGUUGCCUCUUUUUGGUGGGUCAUUGCUUGUCAUGGGCGGGCUGGCUCGUGUUGCAGGCUCCGAUCUUGAAAAAGUAUCCAGCUCGGCUCUCUGUCACCUCUUAUCAGUGUUUCUUUGGUGUUAUUCAAUUUUUAGUUAUUGCUGCGUUCCUUGAGAGAGAUCCACAAGCUUGGCUUGUUCACUCUGGUGAAGAGCUCUUUAGCGUCUUCUAUGCGGGAGUGGUGGCAUCAGGGAUAGCAUUCGCAGUACAGAUAUGGUGCAUAGACAGGGGUGGCCCAGUGUUCGUGGCUUUGUAUCAACCUGUUCAGACUCUUGUUGUCGCUCUUAUGGCUUCCGUCCUUUUAGGCGAAGAGUUCUACUUGGGAGGGAUUAUUGGCGCAGUGUUGAUUAUAGCUGGGUUGUACUUUGUGCUAUGGGGUAAAAACGAAGAAAGGAAGUUUUCAGCCCAAAAGGCCGUGAUUCAGUCCCCUGCAGACCACGAUAACAACCGAACAACAACCCACAUCAAGUCCUCCCUUGCUCAGCCUCUACUCCCUCAGUCAACCGAAAGCGUUUGACCACCACAACCUCAACUUUUAACCACAGUCCUUCUUUGCCAUUAAAAAAAAAAAAAAAAAAAAAAACUAUUGAUGCCAUAUAUUAAGAAAAGGCUUUGUGUGUUUGAAUGAUUUUUCAUCUUUUAGGUUUUUGUUAGAUUCAAUAGCUUUCUCUCUCACUAGGAGAGAGAGGCUUAAAGCGAGGAGAGAGGAUGAAUGUGAUGAUUGUUGUCUUUUGAUGUGGGGAUGUGAGGAAUUGAUGGAUGUUCCCAUAUGGUUUAAUUUUAUAUGUUAAUUUUAUGGUUUGAUUCACCAGAAAAAGAUAUGCACAAUACUAUCAUGCUAAUGCUCA